GGCUGGGCGCCACCUGUGAUCAUGGCUGCGCUGCUGAGUAGCUCGUCUUUGCGGCGGCUGCAGAUCGUCCUGUCGAUUCUGAAACCCGGGAACCAGGUCCGCCGUGCCGGGCCUGGAGCCGCAUUCGGGCUGGCCCUAGCAGCGCAGACAGGCAUUCCUGCCAGAAGCCCGUCUGCAGCUGGCCAGAGUCCAUGAGAAGCCAUGUACCUAAAGGCCUGCCUAGGGACCAAGGCCUUCUCUGCGGACUCCUGAGACCAGCCGCGCCCUUAGGAACACUGCCAGUGCAGCCGAAGGCCCAGGUUGCCCCUCUGGAUCUGCUGAGUUCCUGAAAAAUGGCUCCAGGCUCUGUGUCCCGGUUGCUCAUCCUCGCAUGUCAUUGUGUGAAUCUCCCGCAUCAGCCUGCACCUGGCACCACUGGCGUCCAGCUUACCAGCACCUCCAUAACCUCGGGCAAAGUAGCUGUGAAUGGGGUCCAUUUGCACUAUCAGCAGACUGGAGAGGGAGAGCACGCAGUCCUGCUGCUUCCUGGAAUGUUGGGAAGUGGAGAGACUGAUUUUGGACCCCAGAUUAAGAACCUGAGUAAGAAGCUCUUCACAGUGGUUGCCUGGGAUCCCCGAGGAUAUGGACAUUCCAGACCCCCAGACCGAGAUUUCCCAGUGGACUUUUUUGAAAGGGAUGCAAAAGAUGCUGUUGAUUUGAUGAAGACGCUGAAGUUUAAGAAGGUGUCUCUGCUGGGGUGGAGUGAUGGUGGCAUUACAGCUCUCAUUGCAGCUGCAAAAUAUCCGUCGUAUAUCAGCAAGAUGGUGAUCUGGGGAGCCAAUGCCUACGUGACUGAUGAAGAUGAGGCGAUUUAUCAGGGUAUCCGAGAUGUUUCUAAAUGGAGUGAGAAAACAAGAAAACCUCUCGAAACCUUGUAUGGCUACGACUACUUUGCCAAAACCUGUGAGAAGUGGGUGGAUGGCAUAAAACAAUUUAAACAUCUUCCAGAUGGGAAUAUCUGUCGGCACUUGCUGCGGCUCGUUCAGUGCCCCACCUUAAUCGUGCACGGGGAGAAGGAUCCGCUGGUCCCACGGUUCCACGCCGACUUCAUACACGAACGCGUGAGAGGGUCGCGGUUGCAUCUGAUGCCAGAAGGCAAGCACAACCUGCAUCUACGUUUUGCAAAUGAAUUCAAUAAGUUAGCAGAAGACUUCUUACUGGAGAAAUCCCCCUGAGAACAGCAGGGACCUGGAGAUUCCUGACUGUGGGGCUUGAGCCUUAUGCUGCCUUUGAAACACUGCUGUCACUCCUCAGUUCACCUGCCUUCCCAUGCUUUCUGCUCCUCCCUGCAAACUGCUCCUGGUCAAAUAGAAAUAAUGACAUAUUAAAAUGUCUUCUAGCUCUAAGUGCUAUAAAAUUUAAAGCUGAUUUUUUUUAACAUUAAAGAAUUUCUACCAUUGACUUAAAAAAUGAA